CUUGCCCUUUCUCCUGUGCGCAGCCGCGGCGGACCCAAUCUCGCAUUCUCGCGUUCCGAGAUACUGUUGUUCUUUCAGGGAGAUAGAUAGAUUCCUACUGCUCGCCAUUGGGGUUGCCUUGGCCGCGUGCCGUCCGUCGCUUCGUCGAGCUGCGUGCGGGGCGCUCCUCGUCCUCCUCACGAUGGGGGGCUGGAACCGGUCGCUGUACGUGACGGGCCACCGUGACCGCUCCGCCGGCGCUUCGCGUACUCCUCUGCCUCCGCCUUCGCCUGAUUACGGAGACAAGCACCAGCAAGUCCCAUUAUGGGAGAGGGAAUUCUGCCGCCACGUUGGCGACAUCACUUGGGAGCAGUUCUGUGAAAACAAGCAGUAUGUUGGACAAUUCCAUAAACUCGAGCCUUGGGAUGAUUCAGCGGCAUUUGAUUGUUUCCAGAACGCAAAGGCAAGGUUCUGGGCGAGCUACCAUGGCCAGCCUUCUGACAUUCCUUUGCUGGACGACCCGGAUCUGUACAUCGACAAGGUCGACCACCAAUGCGAAGUCGACCCGGAGUUGGUAGCUGAUCUGGAUAGCGUAGGGCUACCGUUCGAGUCGGAUGAUAAUCCUGCCUCAGCCAAAGGGUGGACCAAUGCUGGGGCCGACAACAAGUGCACCCAGAACGGGUCUGGAAACUGGGACGCCUUCGUAGAAAAGCCAGCUGAAGUCAGUAAGUGGGACUCCGAGGCCAAUCUCGCAUCCAACACGACUUGGGGCGGCCAGGCCAAUGUAGCAACACCUGAGGCGGUUUGGAGAGGCCAAUCUUUCAGUAAAUGGGGCAAUGAUAGCAACACCAGCCGGGGUGUUCCUCUGGAGAAGCCAAGCUGGCGUGGCUGUAACAAGAACCGCUACACACCCAACAGCUGGAGCAGCAACUUUCAUAGCAGACCAUCCGACAAUAGGUACCAGCAGCUGGAGGAUCCGAGCUACACUUCUGGGACUGGAAGGAAAUGGAACGGCGGCGACGGUGGCGGGUACGUCAAGCAGAGGAGCUUUAAGCACAGGAACCAGGACCAGGGGCAGCACCAGCAGCCGAGGAGUGGCAGCUGGCAGCAGGACCAAAGAGGAAGGAGCAGGCAGUGGCGUCCGGUGCACAGCAGGGCUCCCUAAAAUGGUCCGGCGUCUUGAUCUCGUGGCGAGAAUCGCAGGUGUCUUCUCUUGUGCAGUCAGUUUUCAGCUGCUGCUGGCAAAGUGGUGCCUGUAAAUAGAUGUUUUUUUUUUGUUUGAGUUGUAUGCUGCAGCUGCUCCUUCGCAGCUGCGUCCUUACUUUGCUUAUGGUGCAAUGUUAAUAUGUUAUAAUGUUAGUU